ACUUGUUAAGUGCACGAUGUCGCCAAUGCCAAACCUUGCCAUCCACAUACCUUCUUCAAAAUUGCUUUCAUUCGUUUCGCACUCUCUCUGCAUUAACGAAAUUAUGGAUUUUAUUUGCCCUAAUUCUCCCUCUGUAUGGAAUGGAAAUAAAUUCUCCAAGUGUUUUGAUGACAUGGUUUUUGGCUUUGGAGCAAAUAUGAUCACGAUUCUUAUGAUUUCUGUUAUUGGAAUCGCUCAAAGGAAUGCCAGAGGAAACCAGAGAGUAAACUUUAUAGAAAAGGUUGUUUUGUAUUUUCUACCGCUCCUUGGAGCAUGUUUGUCAUCUGUGGACAUAAUUUUGCUUCUGAAGGAAAGACUUCACAGAGAAUUUUUGUAUCAUGACUGGCUUUUCCGAUGUUCUCAGUUUGCUGUGUGGAUGAUUAUCAUACUCUUCUCAAGGUGUGCCUCUUUUCACUACAUAUUUUGCAACUAUAUCCUAUGUUUCUGGUGGAUUGUAAAGCCAGUAACAGGAAUUCUUCAUCUGCAAGGAGUUUUUUCUUCAUUGGAGGUUUGGGAAUGUCUAAAAGAGAGUUUUAUUGUGUUAUUGGAUAUAAUGUUUGGCAUUUCUAUUAACAUUAUCAGGAUAAGGCGAGCAUCUUCUAAGAGAAGUUCAAUAGAAGAAUCACUUCUUGUUGUUGACAUUGAUGUCGAGGAAGGUUCUAGGGUCUCUGGAUACAAUCAAAGCUAUUGGGAUCUUACCUUUGAAUCUAUCAAUUCUAUGAUGAAUCGUGGAUUGACAAAGCAACUUGAAUUUGAAGAUUUGCUUGAGCUGCCUGUUGAUAUGGAUCCUUCUGCCUGUCAUUAUAACUUUUUAAGCUGCUGGGCAACUCAGGAGAGUGGCAAUCCGUCAUUACUUAGAGCAAUAUGUUGUGCAUAUGGAUACCCAUAUCUUUGUCUGGGAUUGUUAAAGGUGCUCAAUGAUUGCAUCGGCUUUGCUGGACCAUUGCUUCUAAAUAGACUCAUUAAAUUUCUUCAACAAGGUUCUGGGCAUUUGGAUGGCUUUGUUCUUGCAAUAGCUUUGGGUCUUACAUCUAUUCUUAAGUCCUUUCUUGAUACGCAAUAUACUUUUCAUUUGUCAAAGCUGAAGUUCAAAUUACGAUCAAGUAUGAUGACUGUCAUUUAUCAGAAGUGUCUAUAUGUUAGCUUAGCAGAGAGAUCAAAAUUUUCUAGUGGGGAGAUACAGACAUUCAUGUCUGUAGAUGCUGAUCGAAUUGUGAAUUUGGGCCAUAGUUUGAAUGAUAUGUGGAGCCUGCCUUUACAAAUUGGAAUAGCGCUAUAUCUUCUCUAUACACAAGUCAAAUUUGCUUUUGUUUCAGGACUUGCCAUCACCAUUUUACUCAUACCAGUGAAUAAAUGGAUUUCUUCAUUAAUUGCAAAUGCUACAGAGAAAAUGAUGAAGCAAAAGGAUGAAAGGAUUAGAAGGACGGGAGAAAUUUUAACGUAUAUUCGCACUUUAAAGAUGUAUGGCUGGGAGCAUCUAUUUUCUUGCUGGUUGAUGGAGACAAGGUCUUCCGAAGUGAAGCAUCUAUCAACACGAAAGUACUUGGAUGCAUGGUGUGUAUUCUUUUGGGCUACAACACCAACACUUUUUUCUUUGUUCACAUUUGGACUCUUUGUGCUGAUGGGAUAUGAUCUUGAUGCUGCAACGGUCUUCACUUGUCUUGCUUUGUUUAAUAGUUUGAUCUCUCCUCUCAAUUCAUUUCCAUGGGUCAUUAAUGGACUGAUUGAUGCCUUCAUAUCAGCUAGACGGUUAAGCAGGUUCCUCUGUUGUUCUGAUUCCAAAUCUGAAAUGGAACAGAAAGUUAAUUCUCCAUUCUGUUUAUCAAAUAACCAAUAUGAUUCUACCUUUAAAGAUAUGGUAGUCACCAUGCAUGACGCAUCUUGUUCUUGGUCUAGUGGUGAUGAAAAGGAUAGAAAUUUGGUGUUAAAUCAAGUUAAUCUACACCUAACAAAGGGUUCUCUUGUUGCAAUUAUUGGGGAGGUUGGUUCUGGUAAAUCAUCUCUCUUAAAUUCUAUAUUGGGAGAAACUCUGCUUGUGCAUGGAUCGAUACAUUCAACUGGAUCUAUAGCAUAUGUUCCACAGGUCCCCUGGAUUUUGUCGGGAACUAUACGUGAGAAUAUAUUGUUUGGAAAAAAUUAUGAUCCACAAAGAUAUUCUGAUGUAGUAAGGGCAUGUGCAUUUGAUGUUGAUAUCUCAUUAAUGAUUGGAAAUGACAUGGCUUAUAUUGGAGAGAAAGGACUCAACUUAUCUGGUGGACAGAGAGCUCGUCUUGCUUUGGCAAGGGCUAUCUAUCAUGGAGCCGACAUAUAUAUGCUUGACGAUGUCCUCAGUGCAGUUGAUGCACAAGUUGCAAGGUGGAUUUUAUCAAAUGGUAUUAUGGGCCCUCUGAUGUCUCAGAAGACCCGUAUUCUUUGUACCCAUAAUGUUCAGGCAAUAUCUUCUGCUGAUAUGAUUGUUGUAAUGGACAAAGGCCGUGUGACGUGGGUGGGAAAUUCGGAUGAGUUGGCAGUUUCCAUGUAUUCAGGUUUCUCUUCACUGAAUGAAUUUGAUACAUUACACAUCCAAAGAAAAGAAUGCAGCACAAGUACUUGCACUCAAGACAAACCAGAUCAUCUCAAGGAGAUGGAUGUUGUGUCUGUGUUAGAUGGAGCUCAAGACAUCCUUGAAGUUGAGCAGAGAAAAGAGGGUAGAGUUGAACUUAUUGUAUACAAAAAUUAUGCUGCAUUUUGUGGUUGGUUCAUUACACUUGUAAUAUGCCUCUCAGCCAUAUUAAUGCAAGCUUCUCGUAAUGGAAAUGACCUAUGGCUGUCAUAUUGGGUUGAUACAACUGGGAGCAGUGAGACACAAUACUCCACAUCCUUUUACUUGGUCAUCCUUUGCUCCUUUUGUAUCGCAAAUUCAUUUCUUACAUUGUUGAGGGCUUUCUCAUUUGCAUAUGGUGGCUUACAAGCUGCAGUUCAGGCACACAACACGCUGAUCAAUAAAAUCAUUAAUGCUCCUGUUAUAUUCUUUGAUCAGACACCAGGCGGACGAAUACUUAAUAGGUUUUCUUCAGAUCUCUACACAAUUGAUGAUUCUCUUCCAUUUAUCCUCAACGUUCUAGUAGCCAAUUUUGUUGGCCUCUUGGGGAUUGCAGUAAUUUUGUCAUAUGUACAGGUCUUCGUCUUGCUUCUACUUCUACCAUUUUGGUUCAUUUAUAGCAAGCUACAGUUCUUCUACAGGUCAACAUCAAGGGAGCUUCGGAGGCUGGACAGUGUUUCUCGUUCUCCAAUAUAUUCAUCAUUUACUGAGACACUUGAUGGCUCAUCAACUAUAAGGGCUUUCAAGUCUGAGGACUACUUCUUUGCCAAAUUCAAUGAGCAUGUGGCCUUGUAUCAGCGAACUUCUUUUUCAGAGUUGAUAGCUAGUUUAUGGCUUUCCUUGCGCCUUCAGUUGUUAGCAGCAUUUAUCAUCUCAUUUGUUGCAACAAUGGCUGUUAUUGGAUCUCGUGGCAAUUUGCCAAUCAGUUUUGGUACCCCAGGGCUGGUAGGAUUGGCGCUCUCAUAUGCAGCACCAAUUGUUUCUUUGUUGGGGAGUUUCUUGACAAGUUUUACUGAAACAGAGAAGGAAAUGGUUUCAGUUGAGAGAGUUCUUGAGUAUAUGGAUGUGCCUCAAGAAGAACUCAGUGGACACCAGCCUCUGAGUACAGAUUGGCCACUUCAUGGUUUGAUUGAGUUUCAGAAUGUUACUAUGAGAUAUAAGCCUUCUUUACCAGCCGCACUGCGUGAUGUCACAUUUACUAUAGAGGGAGGAACACAGGUUGGAAUUAUUGGAAGAACAGGUGCUGGAAAAUCUAGUGUCCUGAAUGCCCUUUUCCGCCUCAUCCCAAUAUGUGGUGGGCGGAUUCUAGUUGAUGGACUUAACAUAAUCGAUGCUCCUUUGAGAGAUCUUCGUGCACAUUUUUCCAUUGUUCCUCAAAGUCCCUUCUUAUUUCAGGGAUCAUUAAGGGACAACCUAGAUCCACUGCAGAUGUUUAAUGACGUAAAAAUUUGGAAUAUUUUGGAGAAAUGCCAUGUCAAGGAGGAAGUUGAAGCUGCAGGUGGACUGGAUAUUCAUGUGAAGGAAUCUGGGAUAUCAUUUUCUGUUGGCCAAAGGCAGCUUCUUUGUCUUGCACGUGCUCUUCUCAAAUCAUCAAAGGUACUCUGUUUAGAUGAAUGCACAGCUAAUGUUGAUACUCAAACAGCUUCAAUCCUACAAAAUACAGUAUCUAGUGAAUGUAGAGGCAUGACAGUUAUCACAGUUGCUCACCGCAUUUCGACAGUUUUGAAUAUGGACAAGAUCCUCAUUCUUGAUCAUGGUAACCUGGUUGAAGGAGGAAAUCCUCAAACUCUUAUACAAGAUGAAUCCACCAUAUUUUCAAAAUUUGCUAGGGCUUCAAUGAUGUAAUGCUGAUGUGUUAUUAUUCUUUUGUGCUGUAAUGGAUCUUUUAUUGUAACUUGAUGAUCAUUAGUAACUCAAGUAUGCCCUUUUAGCAACUGAAUCCAGUCGAAAAAUACUGCUUACUGUAAAAUGCUAAUUUCACUAGUGCUUAUUUUAGAAAUCACUACUGCUUACUGUAGCUAGGGCUUCUAUUGUAACUUUGGCCUUUGACUGUUAAAGGUCCCAUAAAUUGAGUCACAGUUCAGAUGUCAAA